AUGUCGCGUUCUACCUACGUCCAGCGUACAAUCCGUAACACUAUAGUCUCCGAGAAGUCCUUCAAGGAGACACUAGACUCAUUCCUUUAUGAACUUCGCUUCUUCCACCCCGUCCAUGCCGAUAAAAUGAUUGAACAAGCAAUGGAAGCAAAGGACCCCAAAGUCUUCGACACAUUGGCCGAAGAAGCUUCGGGGCGUUUUGGAUACUUGUCUUUCGGAGAUCAUAAAGUCCAUCGAUACCUAAACAAAUUCAACCCAAACCGUCCCGUCCUCGAAUCGCACGCCAUCGCCCUAGGCACCUCUCCCAGAGCCUACUCCAUGACAAAACACAAUCAAGAAGCCACCAUCAACUUCCCCCUCCGCAUCACCGUAACCCAGCGUCCCAACGACGAUCGAGCAUCCGUAACCUGGGACCUCCCUUCUUCUCAAAUCCCCAAUCUCCACCUCAACAAAACCUUGGCAAACGCAGCUUUCUUCGUCGAUGAUAAAUUCGAAGAAUUGAUCCGGUUUUGUUCUGGUACAAUGGACGAGAAGAAGUACAAGAAGAUUUUGUCAAUGGAUAAGGGCGCCAAAGUUGGAGCAUGGAAGGAUGCCGGGGGUCCGACUUUGAGCAAGCUGUAA